AUGUUACAUUUCACAGUGACUGAAAAAGGUAAUCCAGUAUUAAACUACAAGUGUUAUCAAAAUACGAAAAAACGAGAAAAUAAAAAAAGUAAUCAGUGGAGAUGUCGUGAUCGUAAUCGUUCAAGUACAAUAUCAUUAUGCUCACAGGAUUUAUCAAUAAUCAAAAAUGAAGCAACUCAUACAUGUGCACAAGACACUAAUAAAUUUAUUAGUAUUUGUUGGUAUUCUGGCUAUGUUCAAUUAGCUAUUAAAUGUGGUAGAGCUGUGAAAACAAAUCCGACUGAAAAAUAA